AUGGAUAUGGAUGGAGAUGCUUUCAUGCUCUUGAAUGACAAAACAAUGGAAGCAAUGAUCAAAAGUCAAGGUCUCCUUUUGAAACUUAAGUCCAAGUUUGGAAAGCUAAGCCAACAGAAUACUAAGGAAUUAGUUGAAGGCAGUGCUGCAGUGAUGUCAACUCUUCGGAGGAAAAGUGUUGUGAAAGUGUUUCAAGUAAUGAUGCGGAAAUUCCUCGUGAUAAUGGUAUAAAUUAAGUCAGUGAUAGCACUAUAGGUUUGAGUCACCAAACAGUAAUUGAACAAUCCAAGAUUUAUGGAAAAGGCAAAGGUGAUAAUGUCAAGUUAACCAAAUGGCAGAAAGAAGUAAAUCAAGCUGCAUUUGACAUAUGCAUGCAAUCAAAUUAAAUGCUAUAUGACAGAGCAAAUUUGAAAUUGAAUACUGAAAGAAUUGCAAGGGAAACAUAUAUCUUCCAAAAAAGAAAAGGGUCAAGAUCAGUAUUCAAUGAUAUCCCUUCAACACCAAAGAAAUCACGCAUCAGUAUCAUGAAAAAGUGUUUGACAAAAAGUGCAUGCAAACAUGUUCUGAGGUGCAUAUUAGACAUGCCUGCUUGAUCAAGCACUUUUCUGGACAAAGCCUGAUACUGGACAUAGUCAAUUGAGAUUUAGUACAGAUUAUAUUUAGUACAAUAUGAGCACAAGUUGAAGAUAUAAGAACAAUAUGCCUGCUAAGGGAUUCACACUAGCAGUGGACUUUCUAGUUUAUACUGCUCAAUUUGACCAAUCAAAGCCCUUCAAAAUUCAUUUGCAGAUAAUGCAUAAUAUAUAGUAAUUGUAGUUAUGUGCUUUACACCUAUAGAAUGGAAUGAAAAGAAUGCAAGUUCUUCGUUUAAUGCCUUCUAUUACGUAUUUCCACAAGAGAAUGGAUGAACUUGACCUGGAUUAUGACAAAGAAAUUUUAGGUAAAGAUCUUUUUAGGAAAGAAAUUUUAGGAUCAGAUGAAGUGAAACGAAAGAAUAAACCCAAGCAUGUGGAAACAAAAUCAACAAAUAACCAUGGUUACAAUCCCGGAAGGUGUGUUUAAAAGUGCAAGUGAUACUGGUAAAGAGAAUAAAGAUCCUGCCAAUGAGGGGAAGAAAAUCCUUACUUCACUUGCACAGAUAUUUAGCAAUGAUAACCUAGAUGCGGAACCUUCAUCCAUGCAAAAAAAGCUUCUAGUAUUUCCACAUCGAAAACCUGCAAACAUUGUUGAUUCUGUGGAUGAUGUAGAGUCAACUGAGUCCAUGGACUGCACUUUAACAACUGUUGCCAAUGCAGCUGAGGAAGUAUCAGAUAAAACUAUACCACCUGACAAUGGUAGAAAGUUGGUCUUGGAUAAUGUUGAUUUUCACCAGCUCACCCAUGAUAUGACCGAACAACAUCAAAAUCCAGAUGCACACUUCUGUAGCUUAAUGGCAACAGAGAAUCGAGUUAGUGGCAAUCAUUUGUCUGAUGAUGAACCAAUAUGUACUUUGAUGGAUAUGGAGAAUGGAAAAUGCUGUCCAAGUCAAUGGGAAUAUAAACUGCAACAUGACAACUACAUUCAACUUGUGUCAAGAGUCCUUACCCAGGAAUUGCCUUGCUUGCAUUUCUUAAGAGAAGUUGUAUUCUCCCACAUACCACAUCAAUAUUCAAUAAACAUGAAGCAAAAAACAGAAACAGUAAGUGGUAGAUAGGGUUAAACAAAUUGUAUUGUUAUUCUUUAAAGGGACUUGGCAAUGCACCCUGUUGUAUUAUUUUACUCCACUGCCAAAUGAUAUUACUCGUCAAGGGGAGAGUGCUGUCAUUUGGCAGGAUUUCAAAACCAUGUAGUUUGUUUAUCGUGGACUGAAGCUAAUGAGUGCAAUCACGAUAAUUUAAAAUGAGACUUACUCUGGAUCUCAUUAUACUAUGGUUGCAAUUUAUCUUCAAAGGAUGUUUUUGACCAAGAGAACCUUUAUUACCUAAUAAUAAUCAAAUGAAAUUUUGGACAAUACACUGCACCGCAUUGGCACUUAAAUAAUUUUCGAUCGUGAAAUCAAAUCAGAUCACACAUUUCGGAUGUUCCUGUGUACAUACUGUAUGUUUGUUUUUAGUAACAUAGUUACUUUCAUUGAUAUUUUUAAGACAUUUCUGGGCAUCCUGUAUGAAAAUGAGAAUGUAGCUGAUGGGUUCCGUAAAAUUCUCAAUCACCUACAACAGUUUGUUCCAUCAUAUUUUGAUGGAAAGAAAGAUACCUGUGGAGAACAAGCAGUGGUCGGGGAUCAAAUUACUGUUGAACGUGGUGUGAAUAGCUCAAUGGAAGUCUCGAAUGGAUUCACUCCCGAGGAACGCAAUGAAGGGAUUCAUUCUGAAAUAGCAGAUUUCCCUGGAGGAAUGAAGUUCCUAGAG